UAUAUAUAAAUAAUUUAUUUAACAUAGAUCAAACAUAAUCAGACAAAACCCUACUGUUUGUCAUGUUGACUGAAAUAUUGGUUACAUUCUUAUGUUCGGGUAAUAUCGAGGUCAACACAAAUGUUCUAGGUCAUGUCUAUCCGUCAUACAAAAUGCUAAUAACGAAAAUAUGGUGACAGGGAACAGCUGGAGCACACGUUGCAAGGGUUCGUAAGUUCAGAAAACUUAUCCUGGACAGAAAAAUUGGCAAUCAUGUCAUCGAGUGAGUGACUCACCUCACAUAGAAGCUGUGUUUUUUUUUUUAUCCCACAAAAUAUUUUUUUUUGUUAAAGAACCAUGAUAUUUCUACACAGGAAGUUUGGUUAAACCCCAAUUGCAGAACAACAUCCUGUUCAAAUGUGCCACAGUCUGUUAUUUUUUUUGGUGGCUUUCAUUCACACAAACUCCAAAUAGCCUUUCAAGUCUUGGCCUGGUAAAGCUUUGACUCAACAUGUGUACCUGUCCUCUGCAUGGGGAAAUGUGAGAUGGUGGGUGGGAGAUAAGAAACAAGUUGUGCACUGAGACAAUGGGGGGAGGGGGGAGAAACAGCAGAGUUUAGGUCACACUCUUGUCCGUCACAGGAGUCUUCACAGUGUUUGUGAAAAGUGACAGUAAAAAGGUUCCACUGAGAGCGAAACAAAUGUUACGAUAAUCAGACAGUGUGGUUUUAACCCUGCUCUGCUUUUGAGUUCUUAAACCAGUUGGCCAGAGCUCACUGUUCCAGGACCUCGGUGAUGAGACCAAUAGUUUGAAGAGUUGCUGUGUGGUCUGUUGUCUGUAUCGGAGUUCAAUGUAACCCGAUAGUUGUAUUCCCUCCACAAAUAUUUGCUGUUGGUUGCCGGUCCUUCCAGUUGUAUUCGUGUUUACUGUUACGCCGUGUACCGUGACGGCCGUUGUAUCAGAUGUUCCGGUUGAAGCAUGUGGUGCUGAGAUGCAAGACAUCAACACACUUUGAGUUACCGCUGUCCACGAUGCCUGCACCAGAGAGGAACUGAAAAGCUCCUCUGUUUGCCUUCUUAAAACAGCAGGACUACAUGUCCUGCUCAUACGAUUGCUCAUGGACAGAAUUUGGUUUUAAAGGCAUAAUGUUCAUAUAGUUCUCAGUUGUACUGAGGAAAAACAACAUUGUUUGCAUUUCCUGGAGUGUGUGUGUGUGUGUGUGAGACUUUAAGCAGGACCGGUGGUUUUUAAUUAGACAUGAAUGAUGAAGUGAUCUGUCAAAACAUUUUAAAUUAUUCAGCUGGGCCCUUACCUCAUUGGCUGUUGAUUUGUGAGUUUGUUGAGAUUUGUAUCGGUUUAGUUACGCUCCCCUCGAGUGGCCCUCAAUCUCCUUGCUUCACUUUUACUUUGCAGUGGAAGCAAAGAAGAGAAUAAGAAAGGCGCUUUGUGAAAAAGGGACAGUGUCUGUCUGUCUGUUUGUUUAUGAGGAUGCUAGCCUUGCAGGGACGUGCCUAUUUUUCUUCCUCUAACGAGGCUGUUUAGUGAAAUGGAUACUGGGAGCACUAUGUAAUCAAAUGUAACCCAGAUCCAGCAUUUUGAAGUUUUUCCUACUUGAUUCAUACGGCUCCCUGUUCCGCUCCGAAAGGGAGACGGGGCACUAUUAAUGUGUCCUGAAGGAAGGAACUCCGUUUGGUUGACAUGCAGACGGGUGAAAAGAUACGCCACUCACUUGGUGUCGAGUUUUUACAGCAACUUUGUAUCGCUUAAUCGAAAAUAUUAUGAUCGGUAAUUUUAAAUUACUUUCAUCAUUUUGUUGUAAAGUGCAAAAAGUCUGUACUUCAGAUGUUAGAAUUUGGCAGUCUAAUUUAUGUUUUUCCUCCUUUUUUUUUUUUUCUUUUUUUCUUAUUGAGCAAGUGAACAGUUUGUACAACCAGGAGCUGAUUUAAUUACUCUUUCUCUCUCUCUUAUUUGUCUUUCUCCUUUGGACCUCUCUUUUUUUUCCUGUUUUUUAGUGAUGGAGUCCACAGUUGUGAGUACAUCCACUCUGGCCCCUGAUGAGUUCGAUAGGAACGUGCCGCGGAUCUGCGGCGUGUGUGGCGACAAAGCCACCGGCUUCCACUUCAACGCCAUGACCUGUGAGGGCUGCAAGGGGUUUUUCAGGCGCAGUAUGAAGCGUAAGGCCGCCUUCACGUGUCCCUUUAACGGCACUUGCUCCAUCACCAAGGACAACAGGCGCCACUGCCAGGCAUGCCGCCUCAAGCGCUGUGUGGACAUUGGCAUGAUGAAAGAGUUCAUUCUGACAGAUGAGGAAGUGCAGAGGAAGAAGGACCUAAUUCAACGGAGGAAGGACGAGGAAGCACAGCGUGAAGCGGACAAGGAGGCGCGGCGGCCACGGCUCAGCGACGACCAGAGUCAGGUCAUCGCCACGCUGGUGGAGGCGCACCACAAAACAUACGACGACUCCUACUCCGACUUCUGCCGCUUCAGGCCUCCUGUACGCGAGGGCCCGGUGACGCGUAGCGCCAGUAGAGCUGCCUCUCUCCACUCUCUGUCUGAUGCCUCCUCUGACUCCUUCAGUCACUCUCCAGAGUCCGUAGACACCAAAAUGAACUUCAACAACCUGCUGAUGAUGUACCACGAGCAGGGCAGCAGCCCUGACUCCAGCGAGGAAGAGGGCUCCAGCUUCUCCAUGCUGCCCCACCUGGCUGACCUGGUCUCCUAUAGCAUCCAGAAGGUCAUUGGCUUUGCCAAGAUGAUCCCUGGCUUCAGGGAGCUGACUGCAGAGGACCAGAUUGCUCUGCUCAAGUCCAGCGCCAUUGAGGUGAUCAUGCUGCGCUCAAAUCAGAGCUUCAACCUGGAAGACAUGUCCUGGAGCUGUGGUGGGCCCGACUUUAAAUACCAGAUCAGCGACGUCACCAAAGCGGGCCACACUCUGGAGCUGUUGGAGCCACUGGUGAAGUUCCAGGUGGGCUUGAAGAAGCUCAACCUGCAGGAGGAGGAACAUGUGAUGCUGAUGGCCAUCUGCUUGCUGUCUCCAGACCGCCCAGGUGUGCAGGAUCACGCACGGAUCGAAGCCCUGCAAGACCAACUGUCAGAGACCCUGCAGGCCUACAUCCAGCUUCACCACCCGGCAGGACGGCUGCUUUAUGCCAAGAUGAUCCAGAAGCUGGCCGACCUGCGCAGCCUCAACGAGGAGCACUCCAAACAGUACCGCUCGCUGUCCUUCCAGCCGGAGCACAGCAUGCAGCUCACCCCGCUGGUGUUGGAGGUGUUUGGCAGCGAAGUCUCUUAGAACCUCUGAACCUCAAUGGUAGAGAGGAAGCUGGAGACGAGACGCCCGAGGGGGUUAGAAAUGGAGGCAGGGAGCUGAGGAUAUGCUGGAUGGACUCAGUGGAGGUGUGGAGUAUGAAGCUAGUGGAAGAGAGAAAGUAGUGUGCGUGUGUGUGUGUGUGUGUGUGUGUGUGUGUGUGUGUGUGUGUGUGUGUGUGUGAGAGAGAGAGUGUGUUACGUGUGUGUGUGUGUGUGUGUGUUUGAUAUGUUUCUUGUCUAAAGAAGUCUAUCUUGGCAUAAAGACGGCCAAGAUAAAGACGGGUUGUACGGAGAGCAAGCAGAUGUUGUGAGACGUAGUAAAUAAGGAAACUUCAUAGAAUACACAUUAAACUAUACAUGCAUACAUACACACGUAUACAUACAUGCAUACAUACAGCUUCUGCCUAUCUACAGUGUUUCUGCCUGUAUUUAAAUCAACAAACUGCUGCUUUAAAUGCCUGGACUUUUUGUGUGUGUGUGUAUGCUACGUGCACACAACACAACAAACAUACUCAGUUAUUCAUUUAGCCAUUCAGUUGAGCUACCUCUUUGUUUUACAUCCCCUAUGUGGAACAGUGACUUUUACGCGGAACGAUUUAGAUUCAGUACAGAUGGCAUUUCGGUUUAUCAGUGCGAAAGCAGUGCCUGCACAUUAGUUUUUGAUAUUUUCAAACUUUAUUUUGUUUUUCACCUGCUUCUCUCCAUGCAGCGUAUGUAUAUGACUGUGUAUAUAUACGAUUCAAACACAUGCCUUUUGCCUUUCACCAAAGGUACGGUCUACUACUUUCUCAGAAAGGUUCCAGUACCUAAAAAUAACCUUGCUGCUUCAUGGCCUGUUUCACUCAACGUGCAUGCAAGUUGUCUGACUAUAGCCUCACAGCCCAUGAAGGAAACGCUCGCAUUUGAGGUUUAUGCUGCCGAGUACAGAGCGUAGUUUGUAAUUUAGUGAGGCUCUGAUGGGACCUUGGGGUGCCUGGUUUUGAGGUGAGAAUUAGCCACUAAAUGUGUUAGCUACUUUUACACUGCUAACUGUCAAUCAAAGCAAGCCUGCAUUGUGGCUUGUUGCUCUCUUUUGAACUUGUUUUUUCAUUAUUCUACGCUUAAUUGUUUGUUUCCCUGUAAAUAGUUAAUUACUACCACGUGUAUCCGAAGCACUGUUAUCACCCCUUUUACGCAACCCUAUGUAUUGAUAUACACAGUACCGAUAUUAUCACAGAUGUUUAAGGGCUAAGAUGCCAAAUCUAACUGGAAUAGUAAAUUGAGUCCAAAGCAAGGGCCCUGUAUUGUAAAUAUAUAGCUGCAUACCAUACUUGGAAUUGGCAUAUAUACUGAUGUAAUUGCAAUGAAUGUUUUUUUUGUUUUGUUUUUUUUGUUUUAUACGUCAUUUCACCUUUAAAAAACAAUUCCAUGAAUUGUUCCUCCUUUAGUACACAGUGAGCUCCAUGGGCGGAGAGCUUGGGAAGCUGCUUCAGAC